UGCAUUUGCCCUCGCGAAGCAAAAGCAAAUUUACAGCAGGGCAACGCGGGCUCUUCUGACAGCAAAGCGACGCAGCAAAAACAAACAAACGUCAACGCUGCGUGCAAAGUUGGAUCGUCGCUUCAAAGGCACAAAUAAAAGAGACAUGAAUCAGCUGCAGCAGCAGCACCACCACCAGCGGCGCCGCCAAUCACUGCUGAACCGGCGAGUGCAGGAGGAAUUCUUGAUCGAACAGGUCAAGCUGCAUCCGGUGCUGUACGACAAAUCUAUGAAGGCGUACCGGAAGCCGGGCGCAACGGACAGCGCCUGGUCGGAGAUUGCCCAAGCGUUCGGCGUCAAAGUUGAAGAUUGCAAGAAGCGAUGGAAGAGUUUGCGGGAUACGUUUAUCAAGUACUACCGACAGGAAAUUCUUGCGGCCACUAUGCCAGGAAUGAAACGCAAGAAAUGGGUUUAUUACGAGCUGAUGAGCUUCUUGAGGUCGCAUGUGGAACUCUAUGGCAAUGAGCACCAUUUCAGCAUCGCGGAUACGGAAUCGAUCAGCGAUAAGGAAACAAUCUUAUCCGAAGGAAAUCGUCUCAUCCAGCUGGAUGACUACGUGACGGAGGACGGUGAGUUUCUGGGCUGCAGUGACGAGGUUGAGGAUCAGUUUGACGAGAACCAAACCGAGUACAUCUACGAAGAUGUCGAAGAAACGUCCACGGCUACGGUUUGCACCAUACCGGAAACGCACGAAUCUCUGGAGGAAGCCAACAGCAGUGGGAACUCAGCGCGGAUAGAGCUUAUCCAGCAACAACAACACCACACUGAACAGAUGCAGGACGAUACCGUCGAACCGGUGACCACUGUUCCAGUGGUGGAGAGUAGUCAGCAAGUUGUUGCGCCUAGUCCUGCUACGGUGGCCAUAACCGAUCCGGAUGAGCGAUUUCUGCUAAGUUGUGCUCCCGUGCUGAAGAGACUCUCUACCCAAAAGAACGCUCUGGUGAAGCUCAAAAUUCAGCAGCUGCUAUACGAGGUCGAAUUCGGCGACCCGUUUGAUUUCAAGCGGUUCACCAACUAAGCUAGUCACUCUCAAUAGUUGCAAUCAUCUGUAAAUAUAGUCUAAUAAAAAGCAAAAAAUGCCAUCAUAAAAGUAAAA